GCCUCCACCAUUGUCCGCGCACGCGCAUUUCUCUCACGUGGGAACUAACUUUUUCGUGCUUUACUCGAGCAGCUAUUGAUCUGCAUCUUUCGAACCGAUUGCACGCUGCGAUGUUAUUAUAAGUGCGAGCUUGUGUUAUCAGUUAUGGGACGAGUGAUAAGAGAAUCUUGGACUAUCGGCAUGUAAAGUGACCCUUAGGUUUUCUGGUGAAAGUUGAGUGAUGAUCAAAUAGACGAUAGGAAUUGUAUAAGAUAAGCAAAGAUCAUGGUCUCGUCGAUAUUCCCUGUACUACUAUUCGCCUUAGUAAUAAGGUGCAAAUGCGACGCAACUAACGGAUAUGGUAACACAAACAGUGCUUCUCAAUUUGGCGAACUUCUAAAACCUCCACCACCUCCACCUCAGUCUGCGAUACUGCCACCAGUGCCAUUCCAUGGAGGAGCAGGGAGAUUCCAACGCCAGAAUACGGGAUACCAGUACUUACCACCUCCACCAGCAUCUUCUCUACCUGUGUCUCAUUCUAAUGAAUUUAAAUUUCCAGCCCCUUUUUAUAAGCAAUAUAAUUUUAAUUUUGUACCACCUCCUCAACCAUUUACCACAUCCCCACCACCUUCAUUAUUUCAAAAAGUUUCGGGGUGGCUUUUUUCUUCACAGCAGACCAACCAUGAUACAACUUCUCAAGUAUUUAGCAAUAGUAUAAACCAAGUAAAGAAAGAUUGCAAUCCUUGCAAUUUAGUGCCAUGGAUACCAGUAAUUAGAUACAAUUUAGGAACUAAGAAUAUAUAUCAAAAUCACAAUCCAACAUAUGGUCCGCCGAGUCCCACAGCUUAUGCUAAUAUACCUAACUUACCGCAACCGUUCCAAAAUAUACAACAUAAAUUACCCCAACCACCCGCUGGUAUUCCGCAUGCUGUUUAUGGCCCACCAACAACUACUCAUCUUCAUAAUAGUAAUGCUAUUCAAUUAGUUAGUUCAACAUAUGGACCACCUAGUCCUACUCAUACCAUUUCUAUUGCGUCCCAAAGCCCAUUAAGUUCUACUUAUUCGGCGCCCAGUCCAUCUUAUUCUAUAUCAAGUCCCUCGUAUGGGGUACCAAGCACAACGUAUAAUCAACCUGAUUCAUCGUACAGCUUUUCUAGUUCUUCGCAAGGCAUAUCUAAUUCUUACAACCCAACAAACAGAGUCCCGACUUCCACAUAUGGCACACCUACUUCUACAUCUGCAUUGUCAUUUGAAAUUCCGAAUACAGAUAAAUCACAUGUUACUCCACUCUAUGAGCCCGAACUUCUAAACCGAGAGUUGCCACAACUUGGUGAUGUAGAGAUCUUAAGAACCAAUGAACCUGAAAAUAACUUACAAUUACCAAAGGUAACACAUCCAGCGAGUUUUAAAAAUUCAUAUGGGGAAAUAAUUACUAACAUUCAGGCACUAAAUAUACCGUAUUCUGUAUCAGCUACUGCUGCUGAGUCCACAAAAAUAAAAACGGAAGUGUUACCAAAUGAUGCAACCAGACUUCCUAUCCAAAAUAGUUCUCUGGCUCUUUCAAAUCCUGCUCCAUUUAGUUUAAAUAGGGGAAGAAAUAUUCAUACCCUACAACCUGUUGCUUUGCCCAAUCUUAGUGUAUCACCUUUACCGCCUAUUUUUAAUGCAAGACCUUUUAAACCAACAUCCAAUAACUUUUCACCAACCAUUGUACAGGGUGUAAAUUCCAUGCAACAGACAUCAAACAAUGUUGAUAUAGCCCCUAGUAUUCCAAUUGUAGAAUUUACUCAUUCUAUCGAUUAUCCAGCUUCCAUAAUUCAGUCUCCUGUCAUUGAUAUUGAUACAGGUAAAAACUUUAAUCUAACGAAAGGUUACAGGAAUAUACCAAACAGUUACAUUAUUGACGGGAAUCGGGAUAUUUCAUCUCAAGCAUCUGAAGAUCACGUAUCUGCUACAAAGUCAAUUCCUGAUUCAAGUUUUGAAACUACAGGUGUGGACGGAGGAAAUGAGUUAUAUGACACCGGUAUACCAUCAGAUUUAAAACAUCGAUAUGUACCAUAUAACCACAAACCAGAGUUUGCAGAUCUGAGAGGAAUAAAAGAUGAAGAUGUUGAUAAAUAUAGAACAGAAAGUAAUUUACAGAAUAUUGAUUCACCAUUAUUAUAUCUAAAACCAAGUGCACCGCAUAAAGAUUAUGAAAAUUUUGCACUUGUUGUUUCAACUCCAAUUAAUGGAAACGAUUAUGAAAUAUAUGAUGAUGUUCAAACAACAUCAGCUCCUCAAUCUAAUUAUGCAAGUGGUUGGGAGGAGAGUAGAGCAGACUAUAGUCAAAGUUUCCCCCAGUCAUCUAAUACACAAGAAAAUGCAAAUAAGCCAAAAAUAGUUCAAAUAAUUGUUCCAUAUACCACUAAUAAUGGUGAAAACAAAAAUAAUGCAGACUUUGAAUAUAUUUCUCAAGGAUGGGAGACCAAAGAUGAAACUGAAUAUCAACCUAGAAAAAUUCCAACUAAUACAGAAAAUCCUUAUAUUAGUACUUUAACAGAAAAUUAUAACAGUAUAAGUACAACUACGGAAGAUCCACAAUUACCAAUUACAGAAAAUUUUGAUUCACAUCAAUUAAAUACCGCUGAUAUACUAAAUGACCUGUAUGAUGUUAAAGAGCCACCUUUUGAUAUUAUUAAAUUGCAAAAUACGAUAGACGAUUGGACAGAACAAGCGUAUUCUAAACGUCACAAAACAUCGCAGCGGACUCGUGGUGUAGAAAAAUAUGCUAAACAGAUUCCAGACGAUUUUUUCACAACAACAGUUCCUACUAAUUAUGUUACUUCUACAAAUAACGUUAAUUAUGAGUUCUACGAUCACGAAGGUUCCAGUAGUGUGCAACAUUUAGUGACUGAUGAAAGGAAUAAUACUUAUAGUAAACCUAGGAAACAGUACAAUACUAUUGAAAGAACUAAAACUAGAUACAGUAUUGGCAAAAAUCGGGAAAUAGACGAAAUUAAAAAACUGCACAUAUAUACAGCAGCGUCGACUUUUCGAAGUACGACCACUACACCCGCUCCAUGGGAAAAAAUCCAAACAUCUAUAUCUCCAUUAACUAAAGAAAAAAUUUACGUUGUUACCUCAAAACCAUGGUUGGGGACAUAUAAUAUAUCCAAAGGAUGGUUAAAUGCAAAAUCCUUUGAAAGCUCAAAGGCAAAUUUAGAUAAUGAGUCAUCCGGAUCAGAUAAUCUACCCUUUAAGUCACCUAGAUUUGCGAACCGACCAUUAUUUAGCCUCAUUUCACCUAUAAAACCUGAUCCAGUGAAAUCAGACUCACUAUAUGGUUUUUCAAAAAGCUGGCACCAAAGCAUAAAUGAUUUGGGGAAUCGACGUCAUAGCAACAACACAAUGUUACCAGAAAGUUUUCAACAGAAACAUUACACUAGCGACGAAGAGGAUACAACCGGUACUACGACCGAAGGACAUAAUAGAGAUGUAUUAUAAUACAUAACAUUCAUAUA